AUGGCGAGGUCCAGUUCGGCCAAGCCGCCCGCUACAAAAGGCGGUCCCUACACACCUCCGAAACCCAAGGAUCAAGUCAAACACGAUGACUAUACUUCAGAGGGUGUCGAGGAUAAUGAUGUCUUCUUACUACCCUUCUCUGACUACCAGGUUAUGUUAGUCUUGACCAUUAUUGGUGCCGUUGUGCGACUAUUCCGCAUCUACCAACCCUCGAGUGUCGUCUUUGAUGAAGUACACUUUGGUGGGUUUGCGACUAAGUAUAUCAAGGGUAAAUUCUUCAUGGACGUCCAUCCACCGUUAGCUAAGCUACUUAUUACACUUUUCGGUUGGCUUGCUGGUUUUAACGGUGACUUCGACUUCAAGGAGAUUGGCAAGGAUUAUCUAGAGCCAGGUGUCCCGUACGUGGCUAUGCGACUAUAUCCUGCCAUUUGUGGUAUUGCCUUGAUCCCGACUAUAUUUUUGACUCUGAAGGCUGCCGGUUGUCGUACGGCUACGGCCGCCCUCGGUGCUGCUUUUCUCAUCUUCGAGAAUGGUCUCCUCACCCAAGCCCGUCUGAUUCUUCUCGAUUCUCCCCUAGUCGCCGCUACUGCAUUCACUGCGCUCGCCUUCACAUCCUUCACCAACCAACAUGAACUGGGUCCUUCAAAGGCGUUCGAUGCCGGCUGGUGGUUCUGGCUUUUCAUGACCGGCGUGGGAAUGGGAAUUACACUCAGCAUCAAAUGGGUUGGACUCUUCACAAUUGCCUGGGUAGGAACCUUGACUCUCGUACAAUUGUGGGUGCUCCUUGGUGACACCAAAACUGUCACCAUUCGCAUCUUUGCGAAGCACUUUUUGGCCCGUGCUUUCUGCUUGAUUAUUAUUCCCAUUACCAUAUACUUAGGUAUAUUCGCUAUUCACUUCAUUUGCCUCUCAAAUCCUGGCGACGGAGAUGGAUUUAUGAGCUCUGAAUUUCAGGCUACGUUGAACAACAAGGGCAUGCAAGAUGUGCCGGUCGAUGUUGCCUUCGGCAGCCGUGUCUCCAUCCGGCAUGUUAACACUCAGGGAGGAUAUCUUCAUUCUCACCCCCUAAUGUACCCUACAGGCAGUCAGCAACAGCAGAUCACCCUCUACCCCCACAAGGAUGACAACAACCUAUUCUUGCUCGAGAACCAGACUCAGCCUUUAGAUAUUAAUGGUGAACCUAUCAACGGAACCGGCGCUUGGGACAAUGCAAAGAACAUAACUGAGAACUACAUCAAGGAUGGCGAUGUGAUCCGACUAUAUCACCUGGCUACUCAUCGUCGCCUUCACUCUCACGAUGUUAGACCGCCCGUUAGUGAAGCCGACUGGCAAAAUGAAGUAUCUGCAUAUGGAUAUGAAGGAUUCGCUGGUGACGCUAAUGAUCUAUUCCGUGUCGAAAUUGCCAAGAAGCAGUCUCUCGGGUCCAUCGCCAAGGGGCGGCUCCGAACCAUCCAGACCAAGUUUAGACUCGUCCACGUUAUGACUGGUUGCGUCCUAUUCUCUCACAAGGUGAAGUUACCGGAUUGGGCAUCUGAACAGCAGGAAGUUACUUGUGCCAAAGGUGGUACUCUUCCUAACAGCUUAUGGUACAUUGAGUCCAAUGCGCACCCGCAAUUAGACAGCGAUGCCGAGAAGGUCAACUACGUUAACCCCGGGUUCCUCGGCAAAUUCUGGGAACUGCAGAAGGUUAUGUGGAAGACCAACGCAGGUCUGGUUGAGUCUCAUGCCUGGGACUCUCGUCCUGAGUCUUGGCCGAUCCUCCGCCGUGGUAUCAACUUCUGGGGUAAAAACCACCGCCAGAUCUACCUAAUGGGUAAUCCCAUCGUAUGGUACACCUCAACCCUCGCCGUUGUUAUUUACGUAGUCUUCAAGGCCAUCGCUGUCCUUCGAUGGCAGCGCAGCUGCAACGACUAUGAGAGCGCCACGUUCAAGCGAUUCGACUACGAGAUUGGAACUUGGGUGCUCGGGUGGGCUUUCCACUACUUCCCCUUUUUCUUGAUGGGACGUCAACUCUUCCUUCACCACUACUUCCCUGCGCUGGUCUUCGCUGUCCUAGCAUUUUCCCAGUUUAUCGACUUUACUACGGCUCGAUUUGCAAGCGUCAGGGGAAACUCUAUCAUCAACAAGGCCAGUGUAGUUACGCUAUUGGCUAUCUCCGCCGCUGUCUUUGCCCUAUAUUCGCCCCUCGCAUACGGAAAUGCCUGGACAAAGGCAGAAUGCAACCGUGUCAAGCUAUUCAGCACUUGGGAUUGGGAUUGCAACACUUUCUUGGAGAGCUACGAAGCAUACUCAGGACUUGCAGCCCCAAUCGCCCAGACCUCUCAACCCGCUGUAGACAACAAAAACCAAGUGCCAGUCCAGCCCGCAGCUGAUAACAAUCAAGAUGCCCCAAAAGUGGGUAUCUCGGGGGCACCCAAGUUCGAACCCCAGGGUCAAAAAGUGAUCAACCGCGAAGAGCGAGUCGAAUACCGGGACCAGGACGGCAAUAUCCUCAACGAAGAGCAAGUGAAGGCGCUCGAAGGCAAAGUCGAAUUCAAGACCAAGUACGAAACGAGAACGCGCGUCGUCGACGCCAACGGCAACGAAGUCGAAGUUCCAGUAGAAGAGCUCGCCGCCGCGGGCGUCGCGCCACCACAUCCUGAUGUUGAGGGUGCUAACCAGGAGACUAAGAAUUUAGUGAGAGAUGACACUAUCCCUCAGGAAGCGUCAUCAAGCAAGGAUGGUGAGAAGGAAGCCGAGAAGUCUGUCCCUAAGCCAGCUAGCGAGGGUAACGAGGCAACUGUUUAA